UCACAGUGUAAACCCAAUGGCACACGUGCUGAGGCGGGGCUGCCCCGUCCUGCAAUCAGUUUCUGAAGUUGGUAAACAGCUUUGACCUCAUGGUAUGUAAUACGCCACAGUAAGGAGAGGUGGGGAGCGAUCGAGGUGGUGGAUUUGCUAAUUUUUGUGCAGCUACGAAGUUUUGACAGUUGGUUUGGUGCAACAGGUGACCAUGAUGGCGAGCGACAUGAUCAUGCUGGUGAAGGGCCUGGCCAGGCUGAGCCGGGCCAUGGUGGAGACUCAGGCCAGCAUGCUGCGCAGCUCUGGGGUGCAGAGCUCCACCCAGGCUGCGCAGGACGUGGUCAUGCGGACAAUGCAGGAAUUCACUGGACAGCAGCAGAAUGUGUCCGACAUUGAGGACUCCCGCUACGAUUUUACUGGAGAUAAGGAACCGUCUACCGGAGAUUUUGGGGACGUGGACAGUGGGCACAAGCCGGCUGGUGGCGGUGCGGCCCCGGCGUUUGGCCAUGCCGGCAACAAGCUCUUCGAGGGCUACAAGGACCCAAGCAAGCAGUUCUCAGGACCAAUUCGCUCCUACCAUCAGGAUCACACCUCUGUCGGUGGGCUCACGGCAGAAGACAUCGAGAAGGCCAGGGAGGCCAAAAGGAACGUGCCUCAUAAGCAGAUGCUCAGCGAGCGGGCCAGGGAACGGAAAGUACCGGUAACACGGUUAGGGAGGCUGGCCAAUUUUGGAGGUCUGGCAGUGGGACUGGGCAUCGGGGCACUGGCAGAAGUGGCCAAAAAGAGCUGGAGACAGGAGGAGAGAAACGGCGAGAAGAAGGCCGUCCUGGACUCCAGCCCCUUCCUGUCGGAGGCCAACGCGGAGCGCAUCGUCCGGACGCUGUGCAAGGUGCGCGGUGCCGCUCUCAAGCUUGGCCAGAUGCUCAGUAUUCAAGAUGAUGCCUUCAUCAACCCUCAGCUGGCCAAGAUCUUUGAGCGGGUUCGCCAGAGUGCAGACUUCAUGCCCAUCAAACAGAUGACGAAAGCGCUCAGCAGUGACCUGGGCCCCAACUGGAGGGACAAGCUGGACUUCUUUGAGGAGAGGCCCUUUGCGGCCGCCUCCAUCGGGCAGGUCCACCUGGCGCGGCUGAAGGACGGCAGGGAGGUGGCCAUGAAGAUCCAGUAUCCCGGUGUAGCACAGAGCAUUAACAGUGACGUCAGCAACCUCAUGACUGUCCUUAGCAUGAGCAAUGCGCUGCCUGAGGGUCUGUUCCCGGAGCACUUAAUUGAAGUUAUGCGUCGAGAGCUGGCCCUGGAAUGCGACUACAUAAGGGAGGCCAGGUGUGCCAGGAAGUUCAGGGAGCUUCUCAAAGACCACCCAUUCUUCUACGUGCCAGAGGUCAUUGACGAGCUCAGCAGCCAGCACGUGCUCACCACCGAGCUGGUACCCGGAUUCCCAUUGGACAAGGCAGACAGCCUCUCACAGGACCUCAAGAACGAGAUCUGUGAGAAUAUCCUGAUUCUUUGCUUGAGGGAACUUUUUGAGUUCAGAUUCAUGCAGACCGAUCCCAACUGGUCAAAUUUCUUCUACGACCCCCAAACGCACAGGGUUGCCCUCUUGGAUUUCGGUGCUACGAGAGGGUUCGAUGUCAGCUUUACGGAUUUGUACAUUGAGAUUAUCAAGGCGGCAGCAGAGGGGGACCGAGAUGCCGUGUUGAAGAGGUCCAUAGAAAUGAAGUUCCUCACUGGCUAUGAGUCAAAGGCCAUGGAGAAUGCCCACGUGGAUGCUGUGAUGAUCCUGGGCGAGGCCUUCGCGUCCCAGGUGCCCUUCAGCUUCGGCUGCCAGAGCACCACUGAGCGCAUCCACAACCUGAUCCCCGUCAUGCUGAGGCAGCGGCUCACCCCCCCGCCCGAGGAGACCUACUCCCUCCACCGCAAGAUGGGCGGCUCAUUCCUCAUCUGCUCGCGGCUAAACGCUAGCCUGGGAUGUCGGGGCAUGUUUGAGGAGGCCUACAGCAAGUACUGGAGCCAGCGGCGGGCGGAGCCAAGCCAGUGACUGAAGGGAGGUGCUUCCCAUAGCGUUUAAUGGUUGGAGUACUGGGAGAGCUGAUGUGCUCAGCGGUGAACCGAAUGUAAAUGCCCGACCAGCAGCAGUAAUCCUUAUUUUCACUUUUGAUCUUUUUCUUUUUUUAAUUGAUUGUCCAGUGUUGAGUAAAACAAACUGUUGUCUGGAUAAGAAGCCAGUGGUUUAAUAAGAGAAACUUUUUUAAGGCCAAAGAGAGAAGAGUAGUGAUGUUGUUCUGGGCUUUGAGAGUAAAGGCCUUGUGACUAAUCGUGCUCCACUAACAGAAAUACAAACCAAGAUGUCACAGCGUUUCAGUCUGAAUCACAGUAAAACUGAGUGUUGGUUAAACAUGAAUAAGUGACUGCUCAGGAUGUUCCAGUGUAAAACUCACAGGUUUGGGCAGUUCAAGGCAGAAUCCCCUCGGACCUACAAAAAAUAUCAUCUCCACAUGUACUAAGAUGUAUAGACUCAUUUGUGUUGUUUUUUUUGUGCUGAGGUGACAUUUUUAUACCACCGACAAGUAAUGAGGGAUAAUGUUUCAUAGCCCCAUCCAGCACCACCCAGCCCCUUGCUGCCCCCCCCAUAGACAUCGGCCUAGAGCUGGCAGGGCCCCCCCUGCAUUGCACACAUGGGCGUGUGAGGUACCCUGAGGUACCAAGACCUGUGGACCUGUUAGUGUGUGUGUGUGUGUGUUUUUCUUUGUACGCUUCAUGCAGAGGUCUCAUGAUUAUUAUCUAAAAGUAACGAGGGAUAAGAAAUCAUCUUCUGUACCUGGGGAAACAUGAAGUACAUUAUUGUAGUGAACCUGUCCUCUAUAAAAGUGAAUUUUGAACUUCUUAUGGGUUAAAUUAUCCUCUAGGCAGAGUGUGCCCAAGUUCAUCCUGGUGCGUUUCCAGGUCGAUCGUGAGACGACAAUGAAUUAAUAAAGUUCAGGUCCUGUGUUUUCGUAAAAGAAUCUUAACUGAAAUGUUUGAUGUCCCUGUGAUGUCUAUUCACAUGAAAAGAAGUACUUCUGGUAAAUUGUGUGUUUGUUCUGCAGUCAAUAUGCGCACAUGCACCAAAACCAAUGGACUGUUUUUUGGUUUUGCUGUAAGCUGAGGACCUGCUUUCCUACAGCAGUUUUAAUGAUGUUUGUCAUUCGUUCAGUGGAGAUACUGAUAUAAACCUACUUGUGUAACUCUAAGUCAGGAACUCAAGACAUGGACUCAAGCCUGGUGUUCAUAAUGUAGAGUCAUUCUUUGGGGAAAAAGAUGGUUUUUACAGUUUCAUAUCCAUGGCAUUCUACUACAGAAUUGUAAUAAUAAAAUCAUAAGUUUGACAGCCAA